GCGAAUGAAAAGUUCGGAAUCUUGUCGCCCUUAGUUGUCCAUGCCUUUCUGUAAUCGAUGGUCGUCGCGUGGAGAGGCAGGACUAAGGUCACAAAACAGAACGCUGAGGUGACUAACAUAAUGGAUACCAGCAGAUUCAGACUGAAGAGGUCCUGGUGUUGUCCGUCUUUGGGAAGGAAAUUUAUUUCUAAUAGUCACUACUCUUUAGAAUAGAUCGGCAUUCGUAUCGGAUUCCCGCCGAAGUGCGCUACCAUGUCGUUAUGCAACUCCGCCACUCCGCCCCCUUUGAAUACCUCCAAGGCAACCAAUAGGUUUUGAGAGCCUGUCUCAGCCUUGCACCCCGAAAGCGCCUUCCGCCCAAUUCAGCGCGUCGACAUGCUGACUGAGGCCCAGGCUGCCCGAUUUAAUGCUGCUCGAAACGAAUGCCUUUCUAAAAAAGAUGAAGAUGACGCGAGGGUCGAAGUCUGGCGUCAAAAAUCCGGGCAUUACGAUUGUCGUGUCCCGAACGGGAAACACGCCGCGAUGCUGAUGAGAAAAACAUCAUCCAAAUUUCAUCAUAGCUUCACAACAUCAUUGCUUCAGCUAUCGGUCAGCUUUUAUACCAUGCAUUUUAUCUCGUGGAAGAAGUCCACAAACAUGUCGCUCGUAAAUAGGAUCCGGGGGCCAAAAUUCAUCGGACACCAAUCGAGAAGCAGCCCCUAUCGAAAAACAUCCUCGAACUGUCCCAUCCUUCCCAAUAUCACAACCCCAAGAGACAAAAUGAACAAAAGCCGUCAUUCAACGUGGAAAAUUCGUCGGUCACAAUCCCACAUGAUGCCAUCGCCAGAUCACAUCAACUGGGAAGAUGUAGCGGUAGCAGGAAGCUAUGAAGGACUGUAUUGAUUCCUAUGAGAGCUGAUACACGAGAUAGUUUUUAUGCUCAAGCUUAUCGGCCCGAGAGGCUUGUACCCCUCAGCAGCUGGCGUACACU